AGACUGCGGUCAUAAACAAACGCACGCAGUGGGACGGUUCUGUCAGUCUGCGCGUCUCUGUGGAACUCCGGCUGUCUGCGGUCCUGGUCCCGGGCCCAAGUUAAACCGGGUUUAUCGUUUGGAGCUCUUUCCCUGGACUCUGUUUCUAUGUGACACUUUAAGCGUGCGUGCGGACAAACGAGUGGACAAUGACGGAGCUGAGGAAGCGGGGCGGAGACGGAGGACAGCCGGACAGCACCGACAACCUCAGCGACAAGGAGACUGAUGGAGAGGACAGGCUGGGCCUGCAAGGCGAUGCUGAGGGAGAGUGCGACCUCGACCUCAAAGCAGACACUCCAGACGUUCCUCUGUCCACAGCGGAUACAGAUAACACUCCACAGUGCCUGAACAAAGCUCUGGAGGGGCUGCCACCCAGAUGGAAGAACUACUGGAUACGAGGGCUUUUGUCUGUAGCCAUGAUAGCAGGCUUCUUCCCAGUCAUUUAUAUGGGACCCAUCUCUCUUAUAUUUGUGGUAAUGACUGUACAAAUUAAGUGUUUCCAUGAGAUCAUCACCAUUGGUUACAGAGUUUACCGUUCCUAUGAACUCCCCUGGUUCAGGUCCCUGAGCUGGUACUUCCUCAUUUGUGUCAAUUACUUCUUCUAUGGUGAAACCUUGGCGGAUUACUUUGGGGGGCUGGUGCGGAGGGAAGAACCACUGCAGUUCCUUUCUCGAUAUCACCGCUUCAUUUCCUUUGCUUUGUACCUCACAGGUUUCUGCAUGUUUGUGCUGAGUUUAGUGAAGAAACAUUACCGCCUGCAGUUUUAUAUGUUUGCUUGGACCCAUGUGACCCUGUUGAUUGUGGUAACUCAGUCCCAUCUUGUCAUUCAGAACCUGUUUGAAGGAAUGAUCUGGUUCAUUGUGCCGAUCUCCAUUGUGAUUUGUAAUGAUAUCAUGGCCUACCUGUUUGGAUUCUUCUUUGGGAGAACUCCACUCAUCAAGCUCUCACCCAAAAAGACCUGGGAGGGAUUUAUCGGAGGAUUCUUCCCCACGGUGGCCUUUGGCUUCAUUCUGUCCUACCUGCUGUCCCAGUUCCAGUAUUUUGUGUGUCCUGUGGGCUUCAACAGUGAGACCAACAGGUUCACUGUGGAGUGUGAACCUUCUGAUAUCUUUGUCAUGCAGGAGUACAUGCUUCCCACUGUGCUGCAGAAUGUACUGACAUGGAAAACGGUCAACCUGUACCCCUUCCAGAUCCACAGCAUUUUCCUCUCGUCCUUCGCUUCACUUAUUGGACCAUUCGGUGGUUUCUUCGCCAGCGGCUUCAAGCGAGCCUUCAAAAUAAAAGACUUUGCCAACACCAUCCCGGGUCACGGCGGCAUCAUGGACCGAUUUGACUGUCAGUACCUGAUGGCCACCUUCACACACGUCUACAUCGCCAGCUUCAUCAGAGGACCGAACCCCAGCAAAGUUCUGCAGCAGCUGCUCAUGCUGCAGCCCGAGCAGCAGCUCAGCAUCUUCUACACGCUGCACUCCCACCUCAAAGACAGAGGCAUGCUGCCCCCUGCUGGCACAGAGGCGCAAUGACACACUGCCAGCAUCACACUCAUUACCGCACUCUGUGUGUGUGUGUGUGUGCGUGCAUGCGCGCACACGCAUGUAUUGCUUGACAGCACAUCCAUCAUCAUCAUCGUCCUGCCGGGUGGUGACUUGGAACCUCUAUGCUUGGGGGUGGGGACUGCGGGUGGGGGGGCAUUGGGUGAGUUUAUUACUUCCUACAAGCAAAAAGGGGGCGGUAUUCAACCUGAGGCCUGAAGGACCUUGGACUGUUAAGCACACGUCUUUCACCGCGCUGGGCGGGCAGAGGACGACUUCCUGCAGACAGCAGGUUUUGCAGUGAGUCGAGCUCAACAAAUGAAGCAUUUACCAGCAGGAACUGGACCCAAAGUGUCGAGCACGUAGACAUGAAGCUACGAUUUAAAAGAAAAAAAGAAGAAGAAGAAAAAAAGGACUGGGUGCUGGGUGGUCCUGGGGGUGAAUUCGGGUCAUCAAACAAACACUGUUUUAUUUAUUUAUAUAAUGGUCUGAAGCGCACAGCAUGAGGAAAACGAAUCACACAGCAUGUUCGAAGCUUCUGCUGAACAAAGCCGAGCCUUUUCUCCUCUAGCUUUUAGGUUUCACUCGGCGUGCACGUUCGAGCCAGAAACGCAUCACCAGCAGAAACACAGUGGAAGAUUUCUAACGCACCAUCAGGAAAAAUUUAUCAGAAAGUAUUAUCUUAAAAAAGAGCAAAACAAAAACAUCCACUCUUUUAAAAAAAAUCAAAUGUCUAUCUUACAGAAGCUUCCUGCAUUAUUUGCAUAACUGAUUUGUAAAUUGUUUCUGGAUUUCAGCUGUAAAAAGAAAAUGUUUAAAUGGAUUAAAGCAAACAUUUUCCAACCUUCAGCGGAAUUCCUGGUGGUGAGCGUAACACAGUCUAUUCCCGCGUUGUUACGUUGAUGGCAGGCGGCAUAAAAGAACAUGGCAACUUCAGUCAGUGUUAGCAUAUGCAGUUACAUGUUAGCGGUUAGCGUACGUGGUCACGUUAGCCUUUGGAUGCUGAGUCACCGACAUCACACCAGCAUCCACAGUGCGAACAUGGAUAGCAAACAGUUUUCAUUAAUUGCAGUGUCUGAUUUUUGGAUGUUCAUUCACAAUUGUUAAUCUUGGUACAAAAAAAGAAAUCAAGUUUGUUUUUUCCCGAUCUGCAUUCAACAUUGUAGGUGUAGCUUGAAUCUGUAGCUGCUACAGCUAAACCACGUUAGCAUCUGAGCAUUUGAUGCUUCCCACCAAAAAAUGUCCCAACCAAUUAAAAUGUUUUUUUUUUGUUUGUUUGUUUUUGUUUUCUUUUUAAAUCUGACUGGAUUAUUCCUUUUGUAAUUUCUGAAAUCUUGUCUAGUUGAUGCAAAAUGUUAACAAUUUUAAUCAUGACCACCUGUUCUGCACGUAAUGUGGCGCUGCGUCAGGAAACACAUCCAUGUAAAAUUUGUGCCAAAUAGAUAUGCAGAUCCAUAUCAGAUCUAAUGUGGAUGAAGAAUCUCUGAUUUAAAAAGUUAAAUUCCGAUGAUCUCAUCUCUGUAGUUAAACCUCAAAUAAACUGGAUGUUUUUAAAACUGAUGUCUAAAAGCAGAAAUACACUGAAAUACAAAAUACAUGAUGAUUAUAAUAAUAAGUAUUAUAUUAUUAUUUUCCUGUGUCCAGGUUUGAUGCUGGCAUGAAACAAAAAUGAAAACAAAAUGAUAAAUAUUGUCUUAAUUUGGAGUUUUAAACUGUUUAGUUAACUGAAAAAUACACGCAAAAAAUACAAAAAGGAAUUUUUUUUUAUUUAAUUCUUACUUAAUUGUACAUCAGAAGUCUCCACGUGUGUUUCCUAUCUUUUAGUUUUGUAAAUAAAUACAGUGAAAAUAUUUAUCUGAACACAUAUGCGUGUAAACCUGCUGAUUAAAAAAAAAACUACGAGAAAUGAUAUCCAAAGAGAUUUUGCAUGAACAAAUAAAACAGGUAGAAAUGUAAGUCUGAACUCAACUUUAUUCAGAUGCUGUAAUUUUAUGAAAGAUUGUGCUUCCUUUGUCUGAUUAGCAGCAUGUUAGCUACACACACACAAAAGCUAUUUUAGUGUCUUCCUGACUAUUUCAGUUGGUAGGUGGGGGCUGUCAUUAUUAGUGAUGUAACGGUUCAGUCUGUGACUUACUGUUUGAAAUUUCCCAUCAGAAAAAGAAAUGUAAAAUUUAUAAACGUUAGUGGAAAAACAUAAACAAUGAAAAACUUAACCAAUCACAUCAGCAAAAUUUAAAUUGAGAAAUAUUUGAUUGUUUUGAAGUUUUGUAAUUACAUUUUCAGCUCUUCGUUAAAAAUUGUGUUGAAAAGUGGAAAUGAAUCAUCAAAAAAAUGAUGGAAACAAAACUUUAAAUCUGUUUUUGUUUAAGAAAGAAAAAAUGUUUUAAAGAACAUUUUUUGUUUAUAAAUCAAUUCAAGUAAAAUUCAAAUGCUAAAGCAUACAUGGACGUCAUCGUUGGUUCGACAAAUGCAAUAAUUGAUUUUUGUUUGAUGCAAACGUUUAAGCUGAUAAGUCCUGUAUCCUGUAAAAUAUGUAAAAAAAAAAAAAAAAAGUCAUACUGCAUCUGCACAUCUGCUUGUUUAUAAAAACAGGAACCGGAACAGAAAGUUCAUCAGCAAUAUAUUUAGCCUUAUGCAAGUUUUCUACUUUAUUCUCUGAAUGUGAGUUCAGUAAAACUUGAUG